GCAAGAAAGAUUGCUGCCCACUCUAGAAGAGCAGGCACACACACACACACACAGAGAGAGAGAGAGAGAGAGAGAGAGAGAGAGAGAGAGAGAGCAUUUUUUUCCUGGGAGGUUGAGAAAUAGGUGGUGGUCCAGGACGGGCACAGAGAGACACAGAGAGAGAGAGAGAGAGAGAGAGAGAGAGAGAGAGAGAGAGAGAGAGAGAGAGAGAGAGAGAGAGAGAGAGAGAGAGAUGGAGGGGGAGAAGGAUGACGAGAACUGGUCACGCGAGGAGAACGAAAGAGAACCGCCGGGAAUGCUGACGAAAGAAGAGCAGUCGGCACUGGCCGGCAAGAGCAAGGCUGUUGAAGGGGCCGGGAAUUCUCUUGCUCGUGGCUAUGGACAGGUCAUCAAGGCCACGUUGAAGCGUGUGGGUAAACCGGGGUGGUCUUUGAUUGUGAUCUCUGGGUUGUGCAUGAUUCUGACGGUCUUUGUUCUGCCUCGGAGUCGUUUCUGGACCGUCGAUUCCUUUGCAAGUUCGCAAGGCGGAUCGCUGACCACAGCGAAUUGGACGACUGUCACGACUGUCACGACUAUCACGACUGUCACACCAGAAAAGUUACCUUUUUGGAAAACCUUUUCGUGCAAUUACAGUGAUCUCCACGCCGCUUUUGCUAAUUCUACUAUUUCUGAUUGCCGCCUUAAUUACAUGCAAGGACGAUGGGUGCUGGAUCUCGAGAGGCCGAGCCCAUACCCCUCUUGUCCAGGUCUGUAUAAGUAUAAUUGCGCUCGAGCAGGAAGGCAGAAUGACACCUAUCAGCACUGGCGAUGGCAGGCGUCCACGUGUCACAUUCCCGAGUUCAGCGUGCGUCGAUUUGUCCAAGCUUUGCACUGUAUCAAUAAGCGGCGGCUAUGGCGGAAAGCGAGAUCAUCACCCCAAGCAGGGAGUGCUGGAGCUCGUGACGAUGACGUGGAUGGCGGCGGGGAAGAAGGCGGCCAGGAGGCGGUGAAGACCGAGAAGGAGCCGAAGACGAUGGGGAGCGAAAGCAGCAUGUCCGCCGGUCCUGAGAAGGCCGUUGGCAAGCCGGCGGACAGUUUCACAGAGUCGGACAAUUUCGCGACUUUGGCUUUCGCGGGGGACAGCUUGGGGGAGAACAUGUUCUUAUCCCUCACUUGUAUGAUUACCGCGCAGUACGGCAGGCCUGAAAGUUUUUCCACGGCGGACCACCGGUUAUGCAGGGUAUGGGCAGGAGAGCUCCAGGUCAGAGUAUGCCAGUUCUGGGCCCCAUACCUAAUACGUCUUCAAGAGCAGGACAAUGGGCGGGAGAUCCCGGGCGCGACCCAUCGGACACUUCCUCCUCCUCAUACCGCGACCCGUCGUCAUUCUCCUGCCUCUGCUAGUGCUCACGGUGCUCAUGUGACGCGAGUGCGCGUCAACAGAAAUGGAACUGCCAGAGGUAGAAGUAGUAGUACUACUGGUAGGACGACGCUCUGUACAAGUACAACAUCAGGACGGCCAGGACGACAACGAAAAGGAGUACGACUAGGAGGAGGAGCGGGAGUAGGAGGAGCAGCAGGAGUAGCAGGAGGAGGAUGGCGGUUUUGGGCAGGCAGAGGUAGACGUAAUCUUACCACCACUGGUCGGAGAGCGCUCGGUACUAGUUCAGCAGCAGGACGACGACAACCACGAGGAGGAGGGGGAGGGGGAGGAGGAGGGUUUGACAGUGCUCCGUGGUGGGAACUCCACGUGGACAGAUUAGCAUCCGGUUGGAUUGCCAAACUAGAUUCCGUUGACGUCAUCGUUGUGAGCACGGCUCAUUGGUGGAACUACGAGAAGCUGACACUUCGCAAGAUCAGAUUCGUGCAAGGGGGUAUUCCUAGGCCGGACAUGUCGAAGGAAACAGCAGUUCGCCUGGCCGUACGUUUGGCGGCGGAGCAUAUAAUCCAGUUAAUGCGGAACGGGUCCUUCACAGGGCAGGCCUAUUUUCGCUCCUUCUCCCCGGUGCACUUCACGGGGGGAAAAUGGAACACCGGAGGCCGAUGCGAUGCCGAUCUCCCGAUGACCGAGGACAGGGGAAGGAGGGGAAUGACAAUUCCAGCGGACUCGUGGAAGGACGCCAUGAAGUCAUGCCGCGAGUGUGCGCUUGAUUACCUGGAUAUCACUCACCUCUCGAACUUCCGCAGUGACGGGCAUCCGUCGAAAUAUACGGGGAAAGGGGGGAACGACUGCUCGCACUGGUGCCUUCCCGGUGUGCCAGACACUUGGAACGAAAUACUGCUGAUGUUGAUGGAAAUGAAUCUCGCAAAGGGUUUAGGGUCAGUCACUGACUAACCCGAAUUGCUGCUGCUUCUGUCCUAGAAGGGGGAGGGGGGGCGAGAAAGGGAGAUUGCUGGCCGCUGUUGCCUGCCCGGUGUGCCAAUGUGUGCCGGAUAUUGACUUACCGUGAGCGCGCGGGUGCGCAGCCCGUGGUUUGGGGUUGGAUUGAGAAGUUGCGUUGUGGGGCAUAGUAGGCGUUUUGAAGUGGAAAUAGGGGCUUUGUAUGGUAUUAGUGUGUUGGACAUAUCUGACAUAUUGGUAGAUAGAUAGAUAGAUAGAUAGGUAGAUAGAUUGAUAUAGAUAGAUAGAUAGAUAGAUAGAUUGAUAUAGAUAGAUAGAUAGGUAGAGAGACAGGUAGAUAGAUAGAUUGAUAUAGAUAGAUAAAUAGGUAGAAAGACA